UCUAAUUUGUUUCACUUUUUAGGAUAUCCAUACCUCAUUAGUCCACCUAGACUUCUUUCAAAUGAAUACGAGGCGAUAGAGAUUGAAUUGAAUUUCAAAUCGGAUAAUAUAAAAGGAGGAGAUAACAAUAUAAAGUUGAAAUACUAUCAAAUAUUUUAUAAAUCAAUAAUUGAAGGGGAAUUUACAAAAUCUGAAAUUAAGCUAAUAAAUGAAACUAGUAAUAGAACCACAGUCAUUCUACACGAUUUAGAACCUGAUACCACAUAUAAAAUUGGUGUUCUGGUUAUAACAAAUGAUGGCAAUUUCAACCGUGAAGAUAUAGUUUUUAAUCAAUAUAAGACUUCAUGUAUCCAACCUUUUAUUACUGAUUACAACAUUCAUUUAAUCAGUGGGAUAAAAAGCGUCAGCGUACAAUGGGAUAAAAUACAUCUUAAACGAUUAGAAUGCAAUAUAAUUGAAUAUGUUUUGACAUUAACGUUUAACCAAUCACAAAAUCAAAUGACUUUUAUUGAAGAAAUAAAAUCAAGUUCCAAUUAUAGUGGCCUCUCAAUAGGAAAUCUUUAUCCUGGAUACAAUUAUAGUAUAUCUCUGACUCCUAAGACUAAUAAAGGACAAUUAAUUUCGUCGCCUACUUAUUCAUUUACUCCCCAAAUAACAAAAAACGACGUCAUUAUUAAAGAUAUUAUUGCAACUACGACUGAUAAAAUUAAAAUCUCCUGGAAAUUAGUAAAUGCUUACCAACACGACACAAUAGUUGUAAAUGCACCUUUUACGUAUGUUGUCAGAUUCAAACUGCAACGAAUUCUCAGUUGUUCUUUGGAAAAAUUAGAAAACAAUUGGACAUCAAUUAUAAUUUUCAAUCGAACGAACUAUGAAAUAUCCGCGAUACCUAAUUCGCAGUACUGUAUACAAGUUACAGUUGCUAAUGAUGACAUAAAUACUCAACAAGGAUCCCAGAUUUACGCAUUAACACCAGCAUCAGUCCCACAGACUGAACCUAUUUUUGACCUUGAAUACCCAAUGUAUGUGACGAAUGACUCGGUGUUUGUUCAGUGGAAAAUCGAUCCCGUAAAUUGUUCAAAGUUAAAUGGAUUCUUAUCAACGUUUUAUAUUGAAUUGAAGGAUAUGGUAGAUGACACAUUAGAAAUAAUAGAAACAAAACAAAACUACUUUUACACCAAUAAGCUGAAAUCAAAUAAUUAUUAUGAAGUAAAAGUGUUUAUAAAAACACACAUCGGUUAUAAUCUUGAACAUUAUCUGUUCACCAACUUUACAACUAAAUCAAGAUAUUUAGCACCAGUUGAUGACUUAGUAGCUUAUAAAAAAAGUCUUAAACAUCAGUUAGUAGGGCUUCGUUGGUAUUAUUCAAACGAUGCAAAUUUAGAUGGAUUUAUAGUUUCAAUUAAUGAAGACGCUUUUGGAAAUGCAAACAAUAUUUCUAUAAUUGCCCCAACGAAAUGUUCUGCUUGGCCAGAAUACUAUUGCCAUACUUAUCAUAAUUUGAGUCCUAUAAACAACUUCACGUUUAAAAUAAAACCAAAGUCGUUCGAUUAUCCUGAAGGUGGUCAUGGGUCGUCCAUUUCAUUCAACUUAAACGAUGAAUUGCCAGACUCUCCAAAUAAUUUAAAAAUUAUUGACAUUGGAAAUACUUUUAUGACUCUCCAGUGGGAUAUACCAUGGAUAUUUAAUGGAGUAUUGAAAAUGUACAUCAUUAACGUAGAAGAAAUAUCAUAUAAAGAUAUGAAUUUGAAUUCUGGCAUUCAAACAACAGAAUUACCAAUUUAUGAUGAAUUACCUUCUUAUAAUUAUACGGUCAAAAAUCUAAAUCCUGGCUCCACUUAUUCAAUUGGAAUAUUAUCCGUAUCUACGUCACUAUGGUAUAGUUUUCCAAUCAAAAUUCAAGCAAAAACACUUGUAGGCACUUAAUUAUUGUUUACGUGACCAAUGUUUAUUAUUUUUAUCAACAGUAAUUUAUAUUUAAUACGACAAGUCGAAAUCAUAAUAUUUCACAUUAUUUUUCUUUAUUAUUUAUCUAACACAAUCAUGCUAUUAUACGAGUAUGUAUGUUGCAUUUUAUGUUAUAUUAUUAAGUGCUUUUCUAUACAUAUUAUAAUUUAUACAUUAUGUUUUGUAGUUUCAUGCUAAUUUAUAUCGUAGCGUGUAGACGUAUAAGUGUUUAAAACGGUGAAACAUUAUACUAUAACCUUUAUAAGACUUAUUUUGUCAGAGCCAAUAUGUGUUUUGAAUAACUAUUCUGUUACUUAGUAGAGAACUGAGUGAUUUAAAUUUAA